GCUUGUUUUGUUCCCAGGAGCUGUGUUCCAGCCCCCAGUUCAUAGCUGGUGGAGCCACGCGCACAGACAUCUGCCAAGGGGCUUUAGGUGACUGUUGGCUCUUGGCUGCUAUUGCCUCUCUCACCCUGAAUGAAGAAAUUCUGGCCCGUGUUGUUCCCAAAGACCAGAGCUUCCAGGAUAAAUAUGCAGGAAUUUUCCACUUCCAGUUCUGGCAGUACGGAGAGUGGGUGGACGUCGUGGUGGACGACAGGCUGCCCACCAAGAAUGGGGAGCUGCUCUUCGUGCACUCAGCAGAGGGCAGCGAGUUCUGGAGCGCACUGCUGGAGAAGGCCUAUGCCAAGCUGAACGGCUCCUAUGAGUCUCUCUCUGGUGGCACCACCACUGAAGGCUUUGAGGACUUCACCGGUGGAAUCGCAGAAUGGUAUGAGCUGCAGAAAGCACCACCCAACCUCUUCAGAAUCAUUCAGAAGGCACUUCAGAAAGGUUCCCUCCUUGGCUGCUCCAUUGAUAUCACCAGUGCAGCAGAGACAGAGGCAGUCACUUCCCAGAAGCUGGUGAAGGGACACGCAUACUCGGUCACCGGGGCAGAGGAGGUGAACUUUCGAGGAACGGUGCAGAAGCUGAUCAGAAUCCGAAAUCCCUGGGGGGAAGUGGAGUGGACUGGAAAAUGGAAUGACAACUGCCCAAACUGGAGUGGUGUUGACCCUGAGGUGCGGGAGCAACUCACCAGGAGGCACGAAGACGGGGAGUUUUGGAUGGCGUUCAACGACUUUUUGAGACAUUACUCCCGCCUGGAGAUCUGCAACCUGACUCCAGACACCCUGACAAGCGACAGGUAUAAGAAGUGGAGCCUGCUGAAACUGGAUGGGAACUGGAGGCGAGGAGCCACUGCCGGGGGGUGCAGGAAUUACCCGAACACUUUCUGGAUGAAUCCACAGUAUUUAAUCAAGCUGGAGGAAGAAGAUGAGGAUCCUGAUGAUCCUGAGAGGGGCUGCACUUUCCUCGUUGGCCUGAUUCAGAAGCACCGGCGGAAGCAGAGGAAGAUGGGAGAGGACAUGCAUACCAUCGGCUUUGCAAUUUAUGAGGUGCCCCCAGAGUUUUCUGGCCAGACAAAUAUUCAUCUGAGCAAAAACUUCUUCCUGACCAACAAAGCAAGAGAAAAAUCAAACACCUUUAUCAACCUCCGAGAAGUGCUCAACCGGUUCAAGCUCCCUGCGGGCGAAUAUAUAAUCGUGCCCUCGACCUUUGAACCUAACAAGAACGGAGAUUUCUGCCUGCGAGUCUUCUCUGAGAAAAAUGCAAACUCCACGGUUAUAGAUGAUGAAAUUGAGGCCAAUUUUGAAGAGACCGAGAUCAGUGAAGAAGACAUUGAACCCAGCUUUAAAAAGGUUUUUGGACAGCUAGCAGGAAGCGAUGCAGAGAUCUCCGCCUUUGAGCUGCGCAACAUCUUGAAUAAAAUCAUGGCUAAACGUGAGUAUCUUCCUCCAACUGCGGCUUCAGUUGGCCACCAGUGGGUUCCCAGCAUGGCU